GAGGCGAGAAAUUCAUGCCAGAACAAAGAGGAACACGUGGCAAACAUGGACGAUUUUCCCAACAUGCGAAGGGUGAAUUCUGUGUUCCCUCCGUUCGCUGACGAUGAUGAACUUGACGGUAAUGGCGGCGGAAACGGUUUCCAUUCAAUUCUGCGAAAGCACAAAUCUCUACCUGCUCCGAGGAAAAAAAACGUGCAGUUUGCGGAUGGCUGUGGAAAGCCUCUCGUCUCUGUUUACAGCGACGAUGAAUAUAAUAUUCACGUAGCUCUUCAAAUGACCAAACGCGAGCUGCAGCGGGCCAAAAAAACAUUACAUGUGCGAUUUUCUCAGCCGGUUGCCUCGGAUGGUUUUCGAGACAGGCUGGAAAAGCAAACAGUUUCUCUCGAGAACGCCGUAGCUUCGCAAAAUUCCAUCUGGGGAACGAUAAAGGUAAAGAAUAUUUGCUUUCACAAAGAGGUCACUGUGAGAUACUCUUUGGAUGGCUGGGUUUCCAGCACAGAUCUCCAAGGAGUUUAUGUACCUGACUCUAAUGAUGGUUCAACGGAUAGAUUUUCGUUCGCUCUCACGCUUCCCGAAUACUUUCUAGCUUCCGGCGGAGUGGUAGAGUUUGCUGUUCGUUUUCAAGGGGAAGGUAUGGAAUUUUGGGACAACAACAACGGAGAGAACUAUCGGAUUGAGUGUCGAGAGUCGCCGCCAUCGAACAGUGGGAUCAACAGAAUGGCCAAUCUGUUUCGGAAGAACGAUAUUAAGUUCUGAAAGCAGCGUAAUGAGAACAAACUCCUACCAGUAGUGGAACUAACGUGUUCCUGUCACACAGAUCAAAACAAAAGGAACCAACACGCUCUCCUGCACGUGUGUAAAUUAAUUACUCAGCUGAUGGUAGGUGAUUGAAUGCUCAGAUCAUGUAGCAAAAAGUAGAACUGCAGUUUUAAGUUUAAUGAACUCAACGCAUUCUCAACGAGGUCACUUAUCGGCCAGACGAAGAGCAAGUUUUAUCAAGUCCUUUUCAUGCUAUUUAUUUUCAUCCAAACCCAAAGAAGGAAUAAUAUUAUUAAUUAAAAUGUGAAUAGAAUUAGUAAUGGUGCUUGCCAUCUUUUCGUAGGCUCAGAAAGUUUACCAAUAACAAUACGCCCUCUUUUUAAAGUGAAAAAAUAUAUCGUUCAGUUCCACAGCAGUGAAAUGAUCUCCUUAAAAUGCUUUCCAGACUUAAUUUUCUAGGAGAGUGAGAAGGGCCCUUCUGAUUACAAAAUGUUUUCCCCUCAGAUACUACUGUCAAAUAGCACGGACAUGUUAUGCUAACAGUUAUAGGGGAGUACCACCCUGCUUUGGUACUUAAUGGCCAAAACAAACAAACAAACAAGUUAUGUUACCCUGUACUAAGAGAAUUGGCUUUUGUCUUUUGCGUCCUCGUAGUUGGACCAUCGCUUUUAACUGACGGACCUUGAACUCAUUGGGUGCAUUCAUGUUGGCCUAAUUAUUAUUAACACUUUGGUUCAUUAGCAUACAGAUUAAGCUAUAGAAGGCAUGGUGGUAUUUACGAUUGUUGGAUUUGUUGUUGUUGUGCUGCACCAGGGAUCGUUGAUGAUACUCCCUGUGCAAUGUCUUGUUUAGGUGAGAUAAAAUUUAGAGAACAGUGGAAGUGCUGUUAAUUAGAAUUAGACCCAAUAUUUCAGCAAUCAUGCUGCCCUGAUCAACAGACAAAGUGUGCCAAUCCUUUACUAGUGAGAAAUUUAAACUCACAAAAAUUAUGCAAGGGUACAGAAAGAGAGUUGUGCCUUCAAGUCACUGAAGGCAAAAUCUUUGUUCAGUGAGUGGGGCAGCAGUUUCCUCUAUAAAGUCGUGUAUGAAGUGGAUGUAAUCUCACAUCCUUUCUCCUGGUAUGGUAAACUAUACUCAAUGGGAUGCAAUCCUUCUAAACUGGCCAACCUGUCUUGACUAUAAUGGUCACAGCACACAGAACCUCUUAAUUCCCGUAAGUUAUUCUCCAUAGAAUGUAGUAGAAGUAUCAAGCCUGCAGGACAGGCACUGUUUUUGGCAGUCGUCGAUGUCCAUGUAGUGGAGGUGGAACGUGAGACUUGCAACAGGAAGUGCUCCACUUUUUGCUCACCUUAAAAAAACACAAAAAUAAAGUGCCUGUUUUGCAGGCUAAAGGAUCAUGCACUAUGUGAUCAUUAUUAGUAUGAUGAUUGCCUAUACCUGAAACCUGAGUCACAACUUUCUAUCUUCAACUUUCUUUCUUCAGUUUUUUGUGCAUGUGUAUGCAUGGAGCACUCUUCGUAUAAUGGUAUAAAUAAUGAAGCAAUCUUCAUUGUGUGAAAGAAACAAAAACUAUUGAUGAUAAAUGGUGAACUGAUUCUGCAGGGUGAAACUCACUUAAACACUGCCCCUCAACCCUUUUCUUCCAAAAUCAAUUAGCAAGAUUUUUUUCACUUUUGAGUCUGAGGAUGAAAUCCUUUGAUGUGCGGAUCCUCUCUGUCAAUACCUCCACAACAUGAGCUGCUGUUCUGUUGUACAAUUUUGUUUAAAAAAUUGAAAGUCAAUGUCUGAUUAUUGUUAUUUUUACUUACAUCUGGGAGACCAAAGGGGUUAAUUUAUUAGGUAUUCAUACAUGUAUUACUGAUUGAUCUGACUCUCAAAAUCUGUUUUGUCAGGACUGCUUGAAUUUGACCCCUUUUAAAACUACAGUUACAAGUGUCACAGUAAAAGAUUUGAACAGCCACCCCCAAAUUUAACCAUAUAAAAUAUUUAUUUAAACUCUACCCAUUCUAUUUUACCAAUUCUUAAGUUAACACAUGGUUUAUUCAUGCUACUGCUGGCAUAUAUGCUGUUGACUACAUAACCAUAUAUGUGUGUCUGUUUAGUUAAUGCCACUGGACUUUGCUCCUUUGUAUUACCUUUUCUGCUAUUAUGUAACAGUACUCCAUUUUUCAAUAAUGAUGUUUAAGACACUGAAACUGAAAGUCUUCCUUUUAAAGUGUUAUUUGGUCUUUACAAGUGUAUUCCAUGGUGCAGAAAAUGUUUGUGACCAUGAAUUCACUUUCUAAGCAUUGUUUGGAUUUCUUGCAACCUACUUGUCAACUCAGUAAUGUUUAAUAACCAAAUCGUGAUGCCCAAUUCUCUUCACCUCUCCAACACUUCUUAUUAAGAAAGGACAAUAACUUGCCUUUGCUCAGUAAACCUGAAGAUAGGUCUAAUUUAGACUUAAGUUAUGUUUUAAGGCAUGUUUUUCAUCUGAUAUGAUCAUUGGUCCAUGCUCAAUGAUUUCUUUGUCAGCACAUUGGCUUACUUAAAAACUUGUAUGUGAUGUUCACAAAUAUGAGAUUCAAGAUACAAGUUGAAUACAGUCUUUGCUGGCUGAAAACUGCAGGAAACCACCCCAUAUCUGGAGAUUAAGAUUUUUACAGUUCUCUUCAUGGACUUAAAAGUUUGUAUUCUUAACCAUUUUUGGCCACUUUAAAUCAUACUCUCUCUUUCAUAGGCUUAAAAUAUACUUCAAGACAGUAGAUUGUUUUGAUGAGAUAUUGCAACUGUCAAUUCACCAUGUAUGAAUUUAUUUUUGAUCAGAAAUUUGUAUUACAUAGUAAAAGUCAUAAAUCAAUAUUAAGAUAUUUUGUGAAAAUUGAUUUUAUAUGGUGUUUUUUUUGUUUGGUGUACGUAAGAUGUAUGACUUUAACCUCAUAUGCAUCAAACACUUUCUGAGGACAGAAAAGGUGGCAGGUUUAGUGAAAGUUAUUGUUUGCAAUUUAACACUGUUGUUGUUAUGCAAAUGUGACAAACCACUUAAACAAAACAGCUUUUGUUUUUGGAACUAAUGUGCGGCUAGUUGGCAUGCAGAGCUUGUAUCAAUUUUGGUAAAUGUGUUAUAUUGAUUUGCCAUGAAUCUUAGAAAACCAUGAACACCAGAAGUAUUUUAGAAUGUUGCUGCAUUGCAAAAAAGCUAAUUAGGCAAAUGUAAAAAUAUUACUUGUGCCUUUUUUUGUUUGCUUGAAUCUCCUGUUCAUUGUUGUGAUUGGUCACUGCAAAAUCAACAUUCGCGAGAUAUUUCAGGUGUUCAUAUUUCAACGAGUUUGACAAUAAGGGAGUAGCAUGAAAUAUCAAUGUCUUGUUCAGAAAAAGAAACUCUUUUGUAGUCCUCAUCUGAAUGAGUUUCAAGAUUACUGAUUAGCAUGGAAUGCUCUGCCACAUGUAUAAAUUAUAAAUGAUAUACUGUGUUAAAAAAUAUUGAAGAUAGACAAAGUAAAUGGUUGGCCUGCAUAGUUGGCUUUUUUUGGUGUGAUUUUCUUUUUUGAUUUGUGUUUAUACGGCCACGUGCAAGGUCAAAACAGAAAAUAAUGAGGGAGAGGGAGAGAAAAAACUGGGGUUUCUUACUGCCUUCUCCCCUCCCACCCCCUCUUCCCUUGGUUUUCUGGUUUGACCUUGGCUAAACUUUUGUGCCCUCUAUCUCUUACUCCCCCCCCCCCCCCCCCCAAAAAAAAAAUGCAGCUAAGCAGGCUAAGUAAAUUAUUUGAACCCAUGAGUUAUGUCAUGGUAAAGUAAGUUGACUAUAAUGUUUGGCAGGUGAGUGUUGUCCUGAACAAGGGGUGUGUCUUAGUGUUGCAAAAACUGAAUAGGACUGUCGUUAAUAUCAGAUCUUUAGUGAGCAGGGGGUGGGGGUGUGGCUGCUCAUCCAGUCUGUUUGAUUGAAACGGGCCCGGGGCCUGUUUCUCGAAAGUCCCGGUAAAUUUUCAGGUACGAAAUUAAAUAUUCAAAUCAAAAUCUAGAGACCCCUAACCCUAAGUGCAUGUUCUGGCUGACAAACCAGUCCAACAGCUUUCUGGGCCUGUUAAUUAUUGGGACUUGCGAGAAAUGGGCCUCUGGUCUUUCUUAUGUUUUUUCUUGGCGUUGUUCAACCUCAUUCCUAGGGUGAGCAUCCUGGGGACGAGGUUUGUCCUUGUGGGCCUCAGUUCAUGACCUAAAAAUAAGUUGGGGGCUUAGGGCCCCCUCUCCUAGAUCUAACACUGAUACCAUUGCAAAGUGAUUGACCAGUCAGGUUUCACCCCAUGUAAAGGAAUUAAGACAGUCCCAAGCCGUGGAUUCCAGUCGUUGUCAGUGGAACUUGGAUUCUAGAACAGUCAUUCUAGACUGUCAAGAACAGUUGAUGAAAAUAGUGCUGAUGAAAUAUCGGUGCUAUAUAAGUUUUGUUAUUAUUAUUAUUAUUAUUAUUAUUAUUAUUAUUAUUAUUAUUAUUAUUAUUGUUAUUAUUAUUAUUAUUAUCAUUCAGGACUACACUCACUACGAUGAUCAUAUUCCACCUACUUAUGAUCAACUACUUUUCUGUAACACAGUAAGUUCCAGGCAAAAAUAAGUAAGUUGUCUUUUACUUUUGUAAUCCCUCUAUAAAAUUACACAGUUGUCAGUAUGUUGUCUAAGCUGUUGAUUGAAAGGAACGAAAUGCUGGUAAAUGAUGAUUUGCAUUCUUCAUGCAACAAUUUAUCGUAAAAAAUUUUUCAUUAUUAGAAUUUUUUACUUUUUGUUUGCAAGGAGCAAGUAAUCUGACACCAACAUUUUAAGGCAGGUAAAUUUUCACCAAAACCUUCAAAAAUAGGCUUUUUUAUGUGGUUUUAUGUCCAUAAUAUUUUGUAAACAGAGCGUGAGAGUAAGUUAAAAGCUCUUGUAAUAUAGUAUUGUUAAUCUCAUUUGUCUUGUAAAUAGUGGUUUUGUAAAAAGAAAAAGGAAAUAUUUAGUCACUAUUUUUUAAAAGAUUCUUAUCCUACCAUGUCAUCCAGUAAUUCUGUUAGAAUCAGGAUGUGAUUUCAGAACCCGUUGUUGUUUGCUGUCAACUUAACAGAAUAUAAAUUGCUGUAGGUACUGUAACCGUGAGGUUUUGAGGAAGAUUAAAAUAUGUAGCUGAUACUUCCAGCAUCGGCUUUGCAAGCUGACCCUGAGUCCUUUGUACUGAUAAAGUGUUAAUAUUUUCCCCCGGGGGUAGUGUGUGUCUGUGUGUCUGUGUGUGUUUGUGUGUGUGUGUGUGUGUGGGGGGGGGGGGGGGGGUUACUUGGGUUAAUUUUUGCUGGGUAUGUGCCGCUGGCCCCUCAGAAUCCCUACCCCAUCACCCCACUUUCUGUUUAUGCAUCUACCUUAUAAAGCCUUUUAACUACAGUAGGUCAUCCUGAAAUGAACUGACACAUUUGUUAGAUUUAAUGUGGUGUAAAUCUCUCUAUUUUUAAAUGCGUACAUACCUGAAUUUUCCGACCCCCAAAAUCCUGGAAAUGUGCGACUGUACUCUAGUAACUUUUAUAAAAGUGCAACCCCAUAAUAGUCAAUCCAGUCGUGAAAAUGCGACCCCAUCCAGCAGCACAUACUAGGAAGUAUCCCCCGGGAUAUUUUGUAACCUUUGAGAACAAAACUUUUUCAAGAGUGAGUAUCUUGAAACCAAGUAGCCCAUUUCCGAGUUCCAAAAACUCUUACUUUCAAAAUGAGGCUGAGUGCCUAAAUUCUUUCGUAAAAAUGAGUUUUAUUUGAGUGAGAAUAAAAAUAUCGUUAUCAAUGGCUCCACCCUUCUUGGGGCAACUCGAAAAUUGCAUGAUGACUUAUUGCUGCAUAGAUGGAGGGAUGGAUGACUUUUAUUCAUUCCUUGAUUACCGUAUUUAUUCGAAUAAGCGCCUAACCUCGAAUUAGCACCCACCUUGAAUAAGCGCCCAUUCUAAAGGCAGAAAAAGUUAAUAAGCGCCCAGCCUCGAAUAAGCGCCCACCCCCUCCUCCUCCCAAUCAAACUCAAAUAAACGCUCCCCCCUACCCCACCUACUUGAGUGAAUAAUUUUAAUAAGACACUUCCCCGAGGACGGAGUUUGCCUUGUUACUUCUUCGCGUUUUGUUAUUAGCAUUUUAUUGUUUUGUUGCAAAGCGCCCAGCCUCGAAUAAGCGCCCACUCUCAAGGUCCAAAAAUUUAACAAGCGCCCAGGGCGGUUAAUCGAAUAAAUACGGUAAGACCACUUUUCUGACUAGCUUAGCACAUAUUUCUCAGGCAUCUCCUGGUUGCCCAAUUCUAAGCUUGCAGGUCUCUGUACUACUUGCAUUAUACUAUUGCAAAACUCACAUUCUGAUUGGCUGACAGACUCAUACUAUCAGCUUUUGGGUUGGGAGUAGAUCGGCCACUCAGAUGAGCGAAGCAAUGCUACCAGCAAAUCAGAAGACUGGAAAGCAUUCAAAUGUCCUCUUUGUUUUCUUGCUGGUAGCUUGUUUUACUACGGCGGCUUCUUAUCAGCAGCAAAACUGUUGACUUGCUUCCGGAGAGGUAAUUGCCCUUUUUUUUUUCUUUAAUUAAACCAAGUGACGAAUCCUAAUUAAUCGGGUUACGCCUUUCCUUAGUAGGAACCUCGCGUUUGCCUUCUUCAAAGCGUCCGAAAGGUCCUCCGAAUCGACGCUUUUUUCUAGACCAGCAACUAAUAUCUACUUUGUGGCUUGCUUUGAAGUUCGCCCCAUCACCCAUCCAUCACAUCCAUGCAUGUCGGACGCACUCCUAACUAAUUUGUAAUUAUAACGAGUUGUUACAUAACCUAAAUACAUGUAAAUAAUAGUGAGUUACUUUUUUUGCGUUUAGUCACAAGCUGCAAGAGUUUGGAGUUAUCUCUCCGCUUCUGUCACUUUGAUGUAAUUACAAAUUGAAAAACUAGGCCAAACAUUUUUAAAUAUAGUAACCGACCGGAUACGAAAGCCGAGGAAAGACUUUCGACUUCCUACUUCCGACCUUCCGACCUUAGUGGGCAGCAGAAAGGAACGUGCGUGUAUUCAAGUUUAAAGUUUUUUUUUAUUAUUUUUACACAUCAAGUUACUGCAUUUAUGCAAGAAUACGGAUUAGAACAAGUGAUGGAGGUGUGUAGACGAAAAUCCAUGAGAUAAAAAGAGUUUACACACCUGACCCCGGUUGUUCAAACGUAAGGUAGCGCUAUCCACAAAAUUAAUAUCCAGCGGAUAAGUCAGGCGCGGAUCUAGGAUAAAUACUGACCGAUUUCCUAAACGAGCGCCAAAGGCACAAGCUUCUAGCGGGGUCCGGGAGAAGGCUCCCCCAGGAAAAAAAUUGGAUUUUUACUACUUAAAGUCCCCUUUCCUGGGUUUCCAAGUCAUUCAGACAGAAUGUUGGCCAGAUGGUAACUUGGAAAGUGUUUUUAUUAUUAAAAACAUACAAGAGAAAUUGAGCUCUCCUGAAACAUAUUAAUUAUGAAAAUAUGACCGAUUUCCGUAAAACGGUGGAAACCGGUGUGGAUCCGCGCCUGUAAGUAUUGGGGAAACUAAUUGCACUAUCCACUGGAUAGAGUUUUGAACAACCGAGGUACUCUUAAUUACAAAAGAUACCAUGCAUUCAAAUUAAACCCCUGAACAGACAACUCGAUGCACUUCUUCAACAGGUUUCCUCCGAUCACACGACUGCUAAGAUAAAACUAAAAUAUUUUAUACCUGUUUCCCUCGCAGCCGUUUUUUUUGGAUGUCACGCAACGCUCCCGUUGCGUGACAUCCAAAAAACGGCUGCGAGGGCGACGUGAAGAAAGGGGGCAUAAAAUUUGAUUUUGUGAACUGAGUAGAAUUGAUUGUCUCAGUUUAACGCCGUAAACUCAGCUAGCGCUUGAAUAGCCUGUGCUUAGGCGACGGUUUUGUAGGGGAAGUGCAGCGGAGGGCUAUCGCAAGCUGGGGGAGAGCGAGAAUGAGAAUACCCGGUAGACCUAUUCGGCUUUAUACUCAAUGUUGUACCCAAUUCAAAUCUCCCGGGGAUAAGAUUCUUUGUGUAUUGUAUUUGCAUUAUAAUGUGGCAUUCACAUUUAAAUGAUAUGGAAAUUCCUGAAACAAAACGUUUUAUUCCCAAAGGGUUUGAAUUGGGUACAACAUUGAGUUAGCCGAAUAGGUCUAUUGGGCGCAAGCAGGCCGGGUGAUGUAUAAAAAUAAGAAACGUCAGCUUUUCAGUCUAUUUACAGGAGUAUUGAUUGGCUUCCAUUCAUCAAAUCAGGUGAUAAAAUCAAAUUUUCGUGAAAAUUGGAAGACCUUCGGCUUCAUCCUACGAAGUGCUUUUAGUGGCGCGCGGUCUGCUGCCAACAAAAACAUGACCUGAUUUUAACUUCGAAGUAGCGGUGAUCUUCUGUAACAGAAAACCAUACUGGGACUCCCGGUUUCGAUACGUUCCUAACUAAAAAAAGUUUUCGUUCACGAAUGAGGGGCAACUAGUACCACUGUCGUACAACAAAUCAGGAACGUUAGAUGUUUCAUGCACUCGAGAGAACGAUUGUCGACAAAAUUGACCGAAAAUCACUCUCGACAUAUAAAUUAUCGACGCUUAAAAUGAAUUUUGGUCAAAAAAACAUGACUCUGUACUAUGUCUGUGUCACCCUGGUUUUAACUUCAUCUUGAUCUUCACCAAAAGAGGAUAAUCUCUCUUGUCCUCUGUUGCCAUUAUCACAGUGUAAAAGAUUGGCAGGAAAAACAGGGAUUGCUUGAAAUAUUAAUCCACCAUUCGUGGUAUGACUUCCAGAAAACUGUACUCUGCUUUUUUCGUCACGUGCACAGCGGGGAACUGCCAUGUGCGACGACCAGUGACGUCACCACUGGUCAGCCGAUUAUGUAAAAACAUGCACUCGGUCACGGAUGCGAUUCGAUCAUUUUGUAAACAUGCAUUUGAACAUGAAACAGAGCGAGAAAGUCUUUAUUACUACAAGUACGCUUCAUGUACAAGGGAGGACUUGAUUUGAAUAACAACCCGUUCUUCUCCUGUCCUGGGAAGGAUGUCUCGCUCACGAAAAUGAAACAAGAGCCACAGCAUCUGUCGCCGGUUUCCUCGCCCGAGAAUGAAUCCAAACGUCGUGUUCAUUUCGCCGAUUUCGACGGCCAGGACCUGGUUUCAGUCAAAGUUAUCACACCUGCAAAUAGUGAGGAAGACCUUUCUGUGAGUCGACAGGGGAACAUUUUGAAUAAUUUUGCAACACCUAGGCUCUUAAAGAGAUUCCGGUGUUGUUUUACUCAGCCUGCAUCGGAGGACAGCUUCAAAGAUCGCGUGAUAGAGCGAAAUGUCUGUUUGGAGAACGCUGUUUUCUGCGGCUUCGCGAUGACUGGGACUGUUAAAGUUAAAAACAUUGCAUUUGCUAAAGAAAUCACGGCUCGCUAUACCGUUGAUGGAUGGAAGACCUUCCGAGACGUUUGGGCAGAUUACGUGCCGCAGUCUUCCGAUGGCGACACGGACCGAUUUCAGUUUAGAAUUUCUCUUCCGCACAGUAUGGACGUUGGAGGCAAGCUAGAAUUUGCCAUACGGUUCUGUACUGCGGGAAAAGAAUACUGGGAUAACAAUUUUAAUAGAAACUACUGUGCAGAAUGCUUCGUUCACGCCAUUGUGGAUAAGUAAACGCGAGCUGCAAUUUUGCAUUCGCUUGUUAUCUCGUUAUAAUUUCGUUUAUUUACGCUUCAGUCGACUUUUAAACACAAUUUGCAUAACAACAACUGAAUAUUGUUUGGAAAACCAUGCAAGAUAGAAGUUUAUUAAUACAAGUUUAAUAGAUGGAUUUUUCUAAAAUAUCUGUGUCUUCUGGAAGUCAAAAACUGGUUUGAACACAAAAACGAUUCUAGUUCAAAAACAUUAAAUAAUAAUUAAAAUAUUGAAUAAUUUUUACCUCUGAGAGAAAAAGUGGAAGUACUAGCAUUUAUGUCUAGAAUUCAAGAAUGUACUUUGCUUUGCAAACUUGCGUUACCUGUACAUUUUGUAACGUUUUAUUGAAUCAGUAGUUCGUGUAUACAAUAUUUAUGUAUUAAACCACCAGAUAAAUAUCGAAGUUUUUCCUAGGAAGAAAAUCUAAAAUAUUAAGAUAGGAAAAAAAUUGAUUAUAGGAGAGUACAAAACUGGUCGAUGUUUAUUCAUCUUUUAUGGUAGUAGCCUUCUAACUUGAAAGAAAUUAAAAUGAAAUUUUAAACGUUGAUGUAUUGACAGUAGACGCGCGUGUUGCAAUAAUUAAAUUGCGCUAUGAGUUUGCAAUUGCAGACGCAGAGAAACCUUAUGCAACAGUGAAUGGCAUCUGCCAUCAUGAUUCAGCAGAGUAUUAAUAAACUGACCGGGCAUAAAUGUUCUCUUCGACCAUCUUCCAAGUUAAACCGGCCUGAGAGUCAUCGUGAUUUUGCUUUCAGCCUAAACCAGCAUGUUUCAGUUACCGGUGGUCAAGAAGUUAAUUAAAAUUUUUAUGGAUGAUUGCUUAAUACAAAUUCGAAGCUCGUGUUAGCGUUGCGUGAUACGUGACUGUUUCAGUUUUUAUAUAAUUAUCACGUAAAAAUUUUAGCCUAAAUAUCUUUCCGGAGAUUCUCAACAGUUUUCCUUAGUAUCUUUUAUUUUUAAAAACAAACUGAAUUACUUGUGCCAUUUUUUUCCCUUUUAAUACUGAUAAUCGCCUCCUGUCAUUGAGAAAAGGCCUAGUUUCUCGGCACACUGUAAGUUAUACGGAUCAUCCGGUGGUGCAAAUUUGACCAAAAAAUAAAUUUACGGUGGAACCUUGAUAUAACGAAGGGCCAAGGGAUAACACGGCUUCGUUAUACAUCAAGGAUCUUUUUCGGGUAAUUUACUAUAACUGGGGUAAAAAAAGUAGACGGGUAGAAAAUAUUAUAUUAAAAAGUAGUUUGUUAUAUAAAGAACUUCGUUUUAGAGAGCUUGGUUUAAUCGAGGUUCCACGGUACUCAUUAAAAAUGAAAAAUCUCUCUGUGUUUCAUCAUUUCGUACUGGGUGAUCUUCAUUGAGAACCCUCAAUCUGCUGUUAACCUUCCCCAGACCGCUGGCAGCUAUCUUGGCCCGUGUAUAGGCAAAUUGCAAACGUUAUGACUACAUUAAAAGCACUAAUUAUAUAUGAAAACAAAGUUUAACAGUUAAUAAUAUUCUAAGAACCAAUGGAAACGUACUUUUAAACAAGAGAUUAACCUGAAUUUUAACCGUCUCCUGAAGUCACAAAUUCCUGACAGAAAGACCAGAUUUGCGACCAGAGGAGACUGCUGAAAUUUAGGAUAACUAAUUUAUAGCCUACCUUGGAAAAGUGAAAAAGUCCUUAUGGGCUCCUGAUUUACUUUGCAACUAUCCGAUCUAACCGCCUAAACACGAUUUCCUUUGUUGAUUCAGAAUUUGUUUCUUUUCCAGCAGUGAUCCUUAGCGUUGCGAUCGUGCCGGGUCUCCAUUCUGGCCAGCGAAGCGAUGGUAACCUUCGUUGCUAGAUAGGAACAGAUAUAGAACUGCUAUUCAGGUCCCCAACAGAAGGAGUUCUAUUAAUCUGUUUAAUCUGUUUGUGGUUUCUACUGUGGUCAGUCAUGGACAAUAAGACUAAACUACUUUUAAUAUUACAAUGAAUUAUUUUAAGAAGCUCAGGGUGAAGAGAAUACUACAGUAGUUAAAUCCAUCAGACCGAUGAGAAAGUUUCAAUUAAACACUUUACAAGAAUUGUUCAAUUCGUGUUGCCUGUCUGAGGCAUUGCACAAAACUGCACUGGUUAUGUUUGCAGACAAAAAAAAGAAAUAUAUAAAUUAAUGAUAAUCAUGAAUAAUAAUAAUAAUAAUAAUAAUAAUUAUUAUUAUUAUUAUUAUUAUUAUUAUUAUUAUUAUUAUUUUAUAAUUGUUAUUAGUAGUCUUUAGAUAGUCAUUUUACAACAAUUCUCUUUCGUAGACAAGAAAAAUGUACAUAGGGUAUAUAUUUUAAUAUUUCAUAUUCUUGAAUCUGUAAAUAGUCUAUUUUUUUUUUUAAAAUCUAUGAAUAAAGUUUUGUUUUAUUAUUAUUAUUAAAAAAUUAUUAUUAUUAUUAUUAUUAUUAUUAUUAUUAUUAUUAUUAUUAUUAUUAUUAUUAUUAUUAUUAUUAUUUUAGGUCCGCUCAGACCUAAACAGGAGCGGUCAUCUGCAAAUGACUAUAAUAGAGGUUGACUCAUCAUCGCUUUUAAAUCAUUGCUGACCGCACAUUCUUGUGGUGGAGCAAUUGUAAAGCAAUACACCAAGGAAGCAAUAAAAUUACAACGACCGGAACAGAAGGUCAGCAGACAACACAAUUAACCGACAAAUUCCAACACGUGCUUAGAAAACUUCUUUACUGAUUUUAAAAAGAAAGCAACAAUCCUGCAGGAUUUUUUGUCAGUAAAAACGUUUUAUCGCUGUAGUUAACUGAAAGAAGCUAACAAACGUUUGCCAUGUGUUCCAUUUAUACUCCCAUGAUUUAAAUUUCGAUGCUUCAAUUCAUAGGAAAAUAAAUGUCGUUACAGACAAGGUGGGUCAAUUCGAUCCGAAACCAAGAUCAGAAAAUUGGACAUCUGUGCCAGCCCCGUUCUCACUGUUAUUGUAUGACAACCUGAGUGAUCCACUUGCGGUAACACAGCUCACAGAAAAAUGCAGUUUCUAGUCUUAUCUUUGUUUAAUAUUAUCAUCAUUUCUACAUUUCGAAAUAAUUGGGUCCGUUGGCUGAUUAGAAUGUUUCUGGGGGAAAAAUAUUUGCCGUUCAAAUGCAGAAUCAUGAUUUUAAGUGGGUUUUCACUGAUGGCCAGUUGUCUGUAUAUUUCGAAGAAAUGCUCUCACUCACGCGUGAUCAGUAAUUCAUGUAGUAGAAUCCAAUCAACUGGGUUCCUGCUAAAAAAUUAAUGAUAAGCAAUCAUCACAGCAGAGCUGGGCAUUCUACAUUUUAUAAAUACUUUUGCAUACGACGUUUAUUCUAAAACAAAAAAUACUAACGCCGUAUCCAUUUAUAACUGAGUGAUAAUCUGAUUGCUUUCUACUUUAAGCUAAAGGAGUUGUUUUUAUCUCGUUUUUUUUUUUUUACGUCACUAACCACCUAUUGCGGUUAAAAAGCACCAAAUAACGUUUUUGUAAACGAAACAAUGCACAGUGAUGAAUACAAAAAGAGGCCCGGAGUCUAACCCUCAGUACUAAAGUUAUUCUUGAACCUUAUUUCCACAACGUGUUAGUCAAUAUAUUUAAUAUCCUAGAUAGGCAAGGCUUGAUCUGAAAUAUUUACGUGAACAUGCAAUUUUGCAUGACAAACUAACCCGAAAUAAAAUGUGCAAAUAAAUAAAUAAGAUAGUUACACAUUUUGACCUCAGACACCCAGAUUGCAAUGACCAUCCCAUAUAAAAAUUAACUACCGAGGGAAAGCGGAGCUUAACUCCUGAUUGAGUUUGGCACUUGCACGAUGUAGACCUUGUCACGGUUUUCGACGCCAACUUGACGAGUAGGCAAACGUGUGAGAAAUUACAGUGUUUGUAUGAGAAUCUAAUGUCCGCGAAUAAUUCUAUAAAACGGCUAUUCUGAAAAAAAUAUAUGGCUUGUAAACUAAAGCUGCAAAACAAAGGAUUGUACUGAAAAAUUUUGGGGGCGUAACUGUGCUUAAAUUUCUCCAGAGGCUUGCUUUACAUUUUGCAUAUAUUUGUCUGUAAUUUUUCUCAGGACUUUCCUACAGACAAAUGUAUAGAAAAUUUUAAAAAGUGGUUUUAGGUCUUCUAGCACAUUUAACUCCCUCAAUUUUUUUCGGUAGAAUCCUUAGGAGUGAAACUUUAGUUCACAAUUCAUAUUUUUUCCAGAACAGCCGUUCUACGGAAAUUAUUCGACAUCAGAUUCUCAUACAAACACUUAAAUUUCUCACGCGUUUUCCUACUCGUCAAGAUGGCGGCGAAAACUGUGACAUGUACAAGGUCUAUAACUGGGCCGGCCCUAUAAACGGAGUGAGCUAACAACAAUUACGUGAGGAACGGCAAACGGCCUCCUUCCAAAUUAUAUAAACAGGCCGUUUAGAUUACAGCAACGGAAAUAUCAAAACCAAAUAUCUAUAUCAUGCUUUGCAAAAACCGUCACUAAUGAAUGAAAUUGAAAUUUUCUGAAUCAGUAAUUUGAAAUUGAAAAUCGAAGCCAUCUGAGAAUCUGAUAUAAACUAAGCACCCAGACAAGAUAACAAAUAUAGAAAAUUGGCUGGAACCGAUCACCACAUCGCGACAAGAAAGAAAAGUGUCUGAAGCCAGUAAAAAGGUUGUGAAUUUUGGGAUAUAAAUAGUUUUUAUUUGCGACGCUUAUCGACGCACGAUUUUUUCCGUAUCGUUGCAGGGAAGUGACGUCAUACUACGUCACAUGAAACAGAAAUUUACAUUUAAGCUCAAGCUAUUAAAAAUCAAUUGUGCACCAAAGUCUUGAGAUUUCCCUUCAGUUUUAUCACUAAAGCUACCAUAUACAUUUUAUUUUUAUAUGCAAUCCGGCAUUCAGAUUUGUUUAGCGGGGAGCGAGCAGUUUUAACAAUUAAUUUUCAGCUUGAUGACUUUAUGCACGGCCUUUCGUGACAUCGAGGCCAACGUCAGAUCCUGUCGGACGACAAAAAUAUUAUAAUGACAGUAUGUACUACAACUGGUCACAGACUCUUAUAUUUCUCUAGCGCGCGAAGGUUAUAGAAAACGUUCGCUUGGAGGGAUCUCAUUUUGUCAUUUGGGGAGAGCUGUGGCCCCUCUGUGGCGGAAAAAACGCUGGGCAAAUUGUAAGUACAAGCUAUCCGAUUUUUAACUUAAAAUGACGAGAAAAAUUUUUGAAAUUAAGAAUACAGCCAGUCUGCUUUAAAGUACAUGAUACAUCAUAUUUUGUAUUUCACGAUGUGUCACUGGCCGGAUAAAAAGUGGAAAUGUUUUUGCUCCUAUUUUUCAGAUAGCGGAACAGGCCCGAUAUCAUCCGAGCCGACCAACACGAAAUUGUCUACCAUCCGUGCGAGCUUUCAGCCACCCGAUCACCGGACCAAAUAACCGGCAAAAAUUAAAAUUAAGUGCAGUGUGCAUCAUUCAUUCAAGGCUCUUUUAGUCAUGAAAGCAGACGUGCAAGUGAAAGCCUCUAAGUCAUCUAGCCCUACAUCACGUGAAAAAAGAGUCAGUUUUGCGGAUCUGGUUGGGUUAAAACUCGAAUUUGUAAAAACUAUUACUCCAUGUAGCAGCGAAGACAAUUUGUGCGGCAUCGUUGGAGUGUGGAAAGACAGUUGUUGUGAUAUGAAUGGAAACCUUCUCCGAAUGAGGCGUAUGAUAUGCUUGAAACCAUGUUUUAUUGUACCUUCUCGAACAGAAGAUUUCAUAGAGCGUGUGCAAAGUCAGAAUGUCUGCCUCGAGAACAUUGCGUGUGAGAACUUUGUCGUUACUGGAGUUAUUCGAGUGAAAAAUUUAGCGUACGCUAAAGAAGUUACAGUUCGAUACACGCUUGAUGACUGGGACACUUUUCGGGACGUAUGGGCAGAUUACAUGUCAUCUUGCUUAGACGGCAAGAGCGACAAGUUCAGCUUUCGAAUAACAGUUCCUAUCGACUUCGAAGUAAAUCGUUUCAUGAAGUUCGCUGUGCGUUAUCGGGUAUUGGGCCAGGAGUUUUGGGAUAAUAACAAUGGAGAAAAUUAUCAUGUGCAAUGUGCGGAAGUCUUGACAGAACAGUUUAAGAGAGGAUUCGUGGAAGAAAAAAACUGCCAGUCUUGUUAG